CGUAUUUGUGGAAUAAUUAGGCGAUAUUCUUCUUCAAUACCAUGAAAAAAAUGCAGCAACAAUUUUCAACUAAACCAUCAUUACAACGACGCCUGUUGCUCGAAUUCAGUGUAAUUGGUAGCGCGGAAUAAUCUCCCCGACGGCAACACUAAUGAUUAAACCAUCUCAUCUUGCGAUUACCGCCAUCGUCUACUUGUCUCUGCGGCUCGGAUUCUGCACAGCACAAGGCAACUCUUCCGGUUCCUGCGGGAGCAACGGCGAGUGUGGGCCGUUUGGGAGCUGCAACACGCUAGAUGUGCCGCUUUGCAGUUGCUUGCACGGAUUUAGUCAGCGAAAUCCUAGCGAUUGGGAGUCGGGGAACUGGAGCAGCGGCUGCGAGAGAAAGGCCGCUUUGAGUUGUGGUAACGGGACUACUGAUGGAUUUUGGAAGCUCGAAUCGAUGAAGCUUUCCGGCUACACAUCCCGAUCGUCUGCCCCGAAAGAGCAGUGUGAAGGUGUGUGUUUGGGGAAUUGCUCCUGCAUAGCUUAUGCCUUUGACAACGGGAUCGGGUGUAUGUUCUGGAGCGUGCCCUUAAUCGACGUUCAGAAGGUCUCCACCUUGGGUUCCGAUCUCUACAUCCGCCUCUCGCAAUCCGAGUUUGCUGCAGGUGAAAAGAAGGGAUUUCAGAAGAUUUUUAUAGUUUUGCCCAUUGUUGGCUUCCUUGUUUUGUGUGUUUGCACUUAUUUUUGUUGGAAAUGGAUUGCUAGGCGCAGAGGGAAAAGAGGUACCGUUGAGCUUGGCAAUGUGCCGGUGUCGGGAUCAUCUUAUACCUCUACUCCAGAUGUAUCGAGUCGAGUUAAUCUUGAAGACAUACCGUUGUUUAAGUUUGAGGAGCUGGCAAGUGCGACCGAUAAUUUCUCAGAAGCUAACAGGCUAGGGAAGGGUGGUUUUGGCACUGUCUACAAGGGAAUUUUGGCUAGUGGAAGAGAAAUUGCGGUCAAGAGGCUGUCAACUGUAUCUGGACAAGGGAUGCAAGAGUUUAUGAAUGAAGUGACGCUCAUUUCUAAACUCCAACAUAGGAAUCUUGUUAGAUUACUUGGGUGCUGUGCGGAGGAUAGAGAGAAGAUGUUGGUUUAUGAAUACCUGCCUAAUAAAAGCUUGGAUUUUUUUCUAUUUGAUCAAUCACAAGAGGUCCUAGAUUGGAGAAAGCGUUUCAAUAUUAUUGAAGGUAUAUGUCGAGGCCUUCUUUAUCUGCACAGAGAUUCUAGAUUGAGGAUAAUUCAUCGAGACCUCAAGCCAAGCAACAUAUUGUUGGACAAUGAUUGGAACCCAAAGAUUUCAGACUUUGGCAUGGCCAGAAUAUUUGAGGCCAAGCAAGAUCAUGUCAGCACAGUGAGAGUGGUGGGAACAUAUGGAUAUAUGGCUCCUGAGUAUGCAAUGGAGGGAAGAUUUUCGGAAAAAUCAGACACGUUUAGCUUUGGAGUUCUAGUGCUGGAGAUUGCUACUGGGAGAAGGAACACGAGGUUCUAUCCUAAGGAAGGCUCUUUGAACCUUCUGGGACAUAUUUGGACAGCAUGGAAUGAAGACAAUGUCACGGAUUUAAUAGAUCCAAGAAUAUUGGGUUCAAGUUACCGGACAGAUGUGCUACGGUGCAUACAUAUCGGAUUAUUAUGUGUUCAAGAACUUCCUAAAGACAGGCCAUCUAUUUCAACUGUACUUUCAAUGCUAAGCAGUGAAGUUAUAGAGCUUCCUGAACCGAAGCAAUCGGCGUUUUCUACCAAAUCAAGCCGCCCUGAUACAGGUUCAAGUUAUUCGCAGCAGAGUAAGAGUAGUGGCUCUUUGAAUCAUGUUACUAUCUCCAUGGUGGACGGUCGAUGAUACUAGUCGAUUUUGUAUACAUCAAUUGUUGUAAAUUGAUAUCUAGGCAGAGGUAGUGCAGUAGUGAAUGUAUAGGGUUGAUCUUUUGCUUGGAUUUCAAUGUUUGCUCUGUGAUUGAGCUAGGUUAGUCAAUUAGGUGUGCACCUAUAAAAUUUUGAUGUGAACUUUAAUUCUUUGUUUUUUUCA